UCCCGGCGGCGUCCUCGCUCUACGGGUUGGCGCGAGAGUCAAAAGAAAGCGGUCGCCUUUUGCGCAAGAUGGCUUCUAUGAAGGUGUCGGAGUGCAGAGUGUUCGUGCUGGGAUGGCGACGUCUAGACUAAAUCCGAGGCAAAGGGGCUCAGUCCAGGAGCAGCCUUCAGACUGUUCUAGGUUGCUGGAAAUUUGAAUCCUUUAACUCGUGAGUAGCAACCAACUGCUGCGGUGUGCUGAGACUUGGCCGGCCAGCGGUGGGACCAAGAAGCGGCAUCAGCCAGGUUUUGUGUUGUAUUUAGGAUUUCAGCAGUGUCCAGGCCAUCAGUGAUAAGGCAGGGAUGGACGACCCAGGGGACCAGAGCAAUGAGGAAGCACCUAAGGCUAUUAAACCGACAAGUAAAGAGUUCAGGAAGACGUGGGGGUUCCGGAGAACGACCAUCGCUAAGCGCGAGGGCGCUGGGGACACUGAGGCAGACCCUGCCGAGCAGCAGCCACACAGCCUCUCCCUGCGCCGCAGCGGGAGGCAGCCAAAGCGCACCGAGCGGGUGGAAGAGUUCCUGACCACAGUUCGACGACGGGGAAGAAAGAAUGUGCCCAUCUGCCUUGAGGAUCCUGGCGAGGCAGCAUCCUGUCCUGUCACAGAUGCGGAAAGUGCCUCGGAAGGUAGUGUCGAGAGCAGCUCUGAGACAAAAAGUGUCCCUGUACCUGCUUCCAAGCUGGGGAAGGAACGGCCAGCCUCUUCUAAAAAGGCCAAAGGAGGGGACGAGCAAGGUGACACCUCUGACAGUGACAGUGAUGGGCUCACACUGAAGGAACUUCAGAAUCGUCUUCGAAGAAAGCGAGAACAAGAGCCAGUGGAGAGGCCCCUGAAGGGCAUCCUGAAUCGCCUGAGGAAGAAGCGGCGAGAAGAGGACCCAGGUGACACCGCAGAGGGUGAGGUGGCUGGAAGCGGCCACGAUGUGCCACCCUGUAAGCAGGAGUCUGAGGCUGGUGAGGGGCCUGUGAACCAGGCAGCAGAAGAUGACAGAGAGAGUGACUCAGAGGGGACACUGGCUCAGGGACCCAGAGAGGAAGGCCCUGGGGACGGGGGCAAACCUAAGCCUGACAGCGAAGUUUAUGACCCCAGCGCCCUAUACUGCAUCUGUCGCCAGCCUCACAAUAACAGGUUUAUGAUCUGUUGUGACCGCUGUGAGGAGUGGUUCCAUGGCGACUGCGUGGGCAUUUCUGAGGCUCGAGGGCGGCUUCUGGAGAGGAAUGGUGAAGAUUACAUCUGCCCAAACUGUACUAUCCUGCAAGUGCAGGAAGAUACGAGUCAAGGAGCCACUGAUGAGCAGGAAGCUCUGUGCAGAUCUGCAGCUCUGGAUGGCACAGACUGCACCAGCAUAGGGACAAUAGAGCAGAAGUCUAGUGAAGACCAGGGGAUCAAGGGUAGAAUUGAGAAGGCUGCAAACCCCAGUGGCAAGAAGAAACUCAAGAUAUUCCAGCCUGUCAUAGAACCUCCUGGCGCCUCAAGGUGCAUCGGUCCUGGGUGCUCCAGUGUGGCGCAGCCUGAAUCCGUGUAUUGCAGUAACGACUGCAUUCUCAAACAUGCAGCAGCUACUAUGAGAAAUCUAAAUUCAGGUAAAGAACAAAAACCAAAGCCUAAGGAGAAGAUCAAGACAAAGCCAGAAAAACUCAGUCUUCCAAAAUGUAGUGUGCAGGCAGGGAUUAAAAUCUCCUCUGUACACAAGAGACCAGCUCCAGAGAGAAAAGAAAACACGGCGAAGAAAGUGAUGGUGACUCCUCCUAGGAGUGACACAUUGGGGAAGGAGGCGGCCUGUGAGAGCAGCACACCUUCCUGGGCCAGCGACCACAACUACAAUGCAGUGAAGCCAGACAAUACUGCUGCACUCUCCCCACCACGGUUCUGUAAAUCCAUGAAGGAUGAUAAGAGAGUGGAGGACAGAGUGGUGGUGCCAACCACAGGCCCAAAGAAAGCAGCUCUUCCAAGCUCCUCGGUGGGGAGACAGCCUGCGCCCAGAACUCUUGUUCCAAAGAAGCCUCCUCCGUUUGCUAACAUGGCAGUAGCCAAAGCAGCUGUUAAAAAGUCACCCUCAGGCGUCAGGGGCCCCAUACCCAAGAGGCCAUGGCUCUUGCCUACCCCGACAGGCACCCCAGCGGCCAGGCAGGCAGGACCAAAUCCUAUUGCUGUGGCAGCUGCUUCCAAAAAGGCACUGGGCUCUGCUGCUUUGGUUGGAUCCAUGCGGAAGCCAGUGACAACCUCCACCCCCACAGCAGUUCCAGCCACAGGACGCCUCGGGGCCACAGGUGCUGCCCAGUCACAACCAAAUUCCCAAAUCCGGCAAAAUAUAAGACGCUCCUUGAAAGAGAUUUUAUGGAAAAGAGUCAAUGACAGUGAUGACUUAAUCAUGACAGAAAACGAAGUGGGAAAAAUUGCCCUCCACAUUGAGAAGGAGAUGUUUAAUUUGUUUCAAGUUACAGAUAAUCGCUACAAGAGUAAAUACCGCAGCAUCAUGUUCAACCUGAAGGACCCUAAAAAUCAGGGACUCUUCCAUCGAGUUCUGCGCGAAGAAAUUUCCUUGGCAAAACUUGUGAGAAUGAAGCCGGAAGAACUUGUAUCUAAAGAGCUUUCUAUGUGGAAAGAGAGGCCAACAAAAUCUGUAAUCGAGUCCAGAAGUAAACUACAGAACGAAAGCAAGAAAACUGCCAUGAAGCCAGAAAGUAUUCCAGAUAUGGAAGAUUCCCCACCUGUGUCAGAUUCGGAUGAGCAGCAGGAAUCAGUGCGUACUGCCCCUGAGAAGAGCACAGCGCCUCUUCUGGACGUAUUCAGCAGCAUGUUGAAGGACACGACAAGUCAACACCGGGCCCAUCUUUUUGAUCUAAACUGUAAAAUUUGUACAGGUCAGGUUCCAUCAGAAGAUGAACCAGCUCCUAAAAAACAAAAAUUAGCAAUUUCCGCUAAGAAAGAGGACUUAAAACCCAAGCCUGAGAGCUCUCCGCCUAAUCCAGUUUCUCACUUGUCUGAGGAAAGUUCUGCAGAGAUUCUACCAGAAAACGCCUCAGAAGCAGACCUGGAAAGUGGCUCUGACCCAAACCUAGAGAGGAAGUACUUCCUCGGGCUGCCAGAGGACAACCAUCCCGAGUCUUCCCUAACAGAGGGCUCUUCUCCCUGCACAGCUUCCUGUGGGGUUGGGGUGAUUACCACAGUCACUGUGUCUGGCCGUGACCCCAGGACUGCUAUGGGCAGUGCCUGCACUGUCACGGUCUCUGCUGCCAGCCAUCUGGACAGCACCCAUACGGGUGAAGCCAAACCAGACCUGCAAAAGCCUGCUCUGCCCUCCGUGACGCUGCCCAAGUCCAUACUCGCCAAGCCAUCCUCAUCCCCAGACCCAAGAUACUUGUCAGUUGUACCAUCGCCGGGGGUCAGUGUCUCAGAGUCACGCUCUCCCCCAGAAGGAGACACGACCCUCUUCUUGUCUCGCCUCAGCACCAUUUGGAAAGGAUUUAUUAACAUGCAGAGUGUAGCCAAAUUUGUCACUAAGGCGUAUCCUGUCUCUGGGUGUUUUGAUUAUCUCAGUGAGGACCUGCCGGAUACGAUUCACAUCGGCGGGAGGAUUGCUCCGAAGACAGUGUGGGAUUAUGUCGGCAAACUCAAGUCUUCUGUGUCCAAGGAGCUCUGUCUGAUUCGCUUUCACCCAGCAACAGAGGAGGAAGAGGUCGCCUACAUUUCUCUCUACUCCUAUUUUAGCAGCCGUGGCCGCUUUGGGGUUGUAGCUAAUAACAACAGGCAUGUCAAGGACCUCUACUUGAUUCCACUGAGUGCUAAGGACCCUGUGCCACCUAAACUCUUGCCCUUUGAGGGACCAGGUCUUGAAUCACCACGACCAAAUAUAAUCCUUGGGUUAGUCAUCUGUCAAAAAAUAAAACGGCCUUCAAAUGCUGGAGAGUCCGACAAGACAGAGGAGAAGCGGGCCCGACCUCAGCCGGAGGAAACGGAUGUCCCAGUGUGUCCCAAGGGCCCGGCAGUCUCCCAGUCCGAGAGGAAGCCCCCCAAGUACCAGCUGUAUGCUGCAGACACAGCCGUGGGCACCACACCCCCCAGCUCCCCUCCACCCCCACCCCCGCUUCCGGAGCCCCCAGCUUUGAAGACGCUGUCAUCGCUCACACCAGUGGCCACCAGCAGUGCUGCUGCACCUGCCUCUACAGCAGCAGUCACCACAGCAGCUUCAGCUUCUCCUGUCACUUCAUCAGCUUCAAAAACAGCCACCCCGCUGGAGCACAUCCUGCAGACUCUCUUUGGAAAGAAGAAGACAUUUGAGCCCCGGGGCAAAGACCCUGCUGGGCCCAGUCUGCCUUCACAGCAGGAUUCUAAAGCCAAGGGUGAAGAUGGUGGGUCGGCUGCGCCUCUGUUAGAUCCCAUCGUGCAGCAGUUCGGUCAGUUCUCAAAAGAUAAGGCUCUGGAGGAGGAGGAAGAUGACAGGCCCUAUGACCCUGAAGAAGAAUAUGACCCUGAGCGAGCCUUUGAUGCUCCACCUCCGGAGACAAGGACCUGUCAAGAUGUGGAAAAGGCUCUGGACGUGAGCGAGAAGGAAGAGGUGGCCUAUGAUCCUGAAGACGAGACAAUUUUGGAGGAAGCCAAAGUGACCAUUGACGACCUGCCAAACAGGAUGUGUGCAGACAUGAGGAGCAGCUCCACAGAGAGGCCUGCGGAGUACACCACCGACGGGCCCACGCCCUCGUUGGUUGAGCAGCAGAAAAUGCUGGAGGAACUAAACAAGCAGAUCGAGGAGCAGAAGAGGCAGCUGGAGGAGCAGGAAGAAGCUCUCCGGCAGCAGAGAGCGGCUGUGGGGGUCUCCAUGGCACAUUUCUCUGUGUCCGAUGCGUUGAUGUCACCACCUCCAAAGUCAUCACUGGCCAAGGCAGAGCUGUUCCCCCAGGAGCAGCAGACCCCAGACCAGAGUCAGGGAGUCUCUGGGACGCACCAAACCUCCGACUCAAGACAGAGUAGAGACCCUCGGCAGGCCAGACGCCUUGCGGAGAGCAGCGAGAAUGAGCCCCUCCCCCGGCCCCCAGCAGUCAGCAGUACAGGAGUGCAGGGCACCCUACCUCCCCGGGAGGCUCCCUGUGGGGCCCCAUCAGUGCAGACUCCUGCAGCAGCCCAGGAAUCAAAGCAGUUGGUGGCAGCUCCUUGGGGUGCAGCUGAAAAGACUGCAUUGAUAGCCAAGCAGGAUGGCCAGGGAUUCGAGCAUCCCGGAAACCCCAACCCGCAGCCCCUGGAGAAUGCCCACCCCCCCACAGCCGGAGACUGCGUGGCCAGACCUGCCCGGAGGGUGCUGCUGCCCACACCCCCAACCACUGCCUUUCAACCUGGCUUCACUCUGCAGAACGACGUGCAGAAUUUUAAUCCUGCUGGAGGAAGAGAGCCUUUCUCAGGUCUGGUGUUUACUUCUCAGGAAAAGUCUCUUUGCCCCUCCUUGUAUGAGGACCCAAGAAACACUCAGGGUGCUGGCAAGAGUGACAGCACAGCCACUGACACAGAGGGUGACAGAGAGCCACUGUCCAGGCCUGGCGAAGGUCCUGCUCUUUACCCCCAGGCUGGACAAAAGGGAGGGGCCCCUCAGCCCCCGUUUCCGAGCCAGCGUGAACCAGUUCCUCGCUCUUUUGGGAUGUCUGGACUUCAUGGCCCAAAUUUCCCAGGACCUAGGGGACCAGUCCUUCCAUUUCCAGAAGAUAACGUGGUUCCGAACAGUGAUGGGCCAAGAGCUCCGCCCCCUGCCAGAUUUGGGGCCCAAAAGGCACCUAUCCCUUCAUUAUUCUUGGGGCAACAUGGACCAUCUUAUGGGGAAGCUAGGGGCCCCUCGUCCUCUUUCCUGGGCCCCCGAGUAGGAACACCAGCCCAGUUUGAAGAACACAAAGAUCCCCACGGGGACAAACGGGAGUUCCAGGACAACCUGUAUGGGGACAUGGGGGGCGCCUCUGCCCAAUGUGAAGGACCAGAGCAGGCCCAGUUUAUGGGGAACAGGGGCACUGCCCCUUUCCAAUUUGGCGGCCAAAGACGGCCUCUCCUGACCCAGCUAAAGGGUGCCCGAGGAGGACCCUCGCCUGCUCAGUUCGGCAGCCAGAGGGGACCACCCCCUGGCCAUUUCGUGGGCCCUCGGGGGCCCCAUCCCAGUCAGUUUGAAGGUGCCCGGGGGCCCCACCCCAGUCAGUUUGAUGGACCCAGAGGCCAAGCCCCAGGUUUUGUGCCGGGGCCGAGAGGCCUUCCGCCUCAGCAGUUUGAAGAGCAGAGGGUAAACUCGCCACCUAGGUUCGCAGGUCAGAGGACACCAGCACCCAUGCCAUUCGGGGGACCAAGGGUCUCCGCACCCUUUUCUGAAAAAAACGAGCAGCCACCACCACGGUUUCACUUUCCAGGCCCGUCCCCUCAGGCAAUGAAGCCAUCCCCUAGGCCCCUCCUGGAGCUCCCCAGCCACCCCCCACAGCACCGGAAGGACCGAUGGGACGAGGCUGGGCCCACGGCCCUGCCUCCUGGCACUCAGUCUGGACAGGGCCCUGAGACUGAUGGACAGUGGCCCGCGGCGGCCGACUUCCGGGAGGGCAAAGGCCACGAGUACAGGACUCCGACUUUUGAAGGGAGACAGAGAGAACGGUUCGAAGCUGGGCCCAAAGAGAAGUCUGUGGAGGAGCCCGAAGCCCCAGGGCCAGAGAGCCGGCAGGGCCGCCCCUUCGAGGACAGGCGGCGGGACCGGGACCGAGGCAGGCCCUGGAGCCGAGAGCGAGACUGGGAGAGGAGCCGGGAGUGGGAGCGGCACCGGGACAAGGACUGCGGCCGCGAGUGGGACAAGGGCGGCGAGAGGAACCCGGGCAGGGACAGAGAGCGGACCAAGGACUGGGACCGGAGCCGGGAGCGGAGCCGAAACCGGGACCGGGACCGCAGGCGGGAGCGGGACAGGUCCCGGAGUCGGGACCGGGAGCGGGAGCGGGACAGAGAGAGGGCCCGGGACCGAGAGCGAGGCCGGGACCGCAAGGACCGCAGCAAGAGCAAAGAGAGUGCCCGGGACCCGAAGCCGGAGGCCGCCAGGGCCUCGGAGGCAGGUGGCGCCUCGGCCCAGGCCUGAGGCGCGGGCCUGGCCCUGCCUGGGGCGAGGAAGCUGCCGUGGUGGCUGUGCACCUGUGCUGGGCCCCAGAGCCUCGGUCUUCAGACCUGCAGAGCUGCUCGGACAGUGCUGACAAGCUCACGUGCCGGAAGAACAACCUGGACUUGAAGUUACUGUAAUUUUGUAUAUAGUGAUUUCUUACAGAGUUUCAUCUUUAUCUGAUGAUUUUUUUAGAAAACAACUUCAGAACUUAGUAUUUCCAUUUAAAAUGACAGAAAUGGAAAAAUACCUACAAAAGCAUAUUGCUUUUUCAGAUUACAGUUUAUAUUUUCCAAUAACUUGACUGUUGUCAGUUCUAAGGGAAUUUCAGUGGACCUAGAGCCAUACUUUUGCUAGCAUCUCGUCCGUCUCCGUGUUUCUGGAGCUGUCUGUGGGACUGGCCUGGCCAGUGUCACUGGGUGUGCUAGCCUGCGUGUGCCCGGCUUGGGAGGAUAGUCUUAGUAGCUCCCUUGCAGGGAGGAGAAACCCAAAAGUUACACACUCAUCCUGACUUCAGCAUGAAGGGAUUUAAAUUACAAAUUCCAGUUCAGAGACAAAAAUACAUUUCUUAGUUUUCAAUUUUUUUCAAAAACAACUUAAAGCAACAUCUACCUUGCAGACAUUGUUGCAUUUGAAAUAAUUUAUUGAAAUGUUGCAGUUUGACCAGCUUAAAGAGGAGACCAGCAAGUUUACCAUACGAGGACGGGGAGGGCUAUUCACGCCCCGCGGCGGGGUGCGGGGUGCGAAGCCAGGCAGGAGCGUGACGUCAGACGCUGCCGCGAGCCGCCCUCCCACGGAUCCCAUGGAUCCCGGCGCGCCCUUGGCACGAGCUCCCCGGCGGGGCUGCUGCCGGCGUCGUCGGUGUGCGUUGGCCACGGGGAUGGUGCAUGCUUGUACAAAGUUUGAGCAGGACAAGAGUGAUACAUCGUUAAUUCAAAAAUGACGAACUAGAUUCUCCGAAAUGCAGUGCUGUAUGGCUGUGACACGGUUUCAGGUACUUCUGACAUGGAGCAGAGAAAGCCUGGUUAACUUAUUUGACUGUACAAAUACACUUUGAUAAUCCUUUUUAUAUUUUCAUAAACUUAAUUUCCCAGAUAUAAAAUUAGAGAGGUUCAUUUGUUCUUCGGAGUCUUUUCCAUUGUAUUGUACUUCACUACAGAUUUUUCACUUUAUAGCACAGAUUUUUAAGUUAAGGAAACCUCAAGAAUUUAGAAAUUUGGGAUGUUUGGUAUUAGAAACCAAGCAUCAGGAGGCUAAAUUACAUUCAUAGGGGUCAAGUUCCAACAUGUAACAUGAUGGGAAAGGUUUUUUUUUAACAUUAUAAAGUAAAUUUUUCUAGUUAAAUACACAUGUAUAAAUCAAGUGUGUUUCUUUAGGAUUACUUGAUAGGAAUUUCUGUACAUUGUUAUUUUGUAUUUCAGAGUGUUAUAUCACUGUACAUUGAACACAGGGCUUCAUAGGUUUUGUUACUUGAAGCAGAAUAAAUAUCUACCGAGA